AUGCUCGGAUCUAUCAGCAAUUUCGUCCUAGAUGCGUGGCUUGACUUCCUCAGCCUGAAUUAUUUUCUGCGUUUUCCGAUCCUCUUCGUUGUGGGUGUCGCCCUCGUUUGGCUCUCGUGGCGGACAUGGAGAUUCUCCAUCUAUCCCCUGUUGAAUCCCGACGAACCUCGAGAAGUGCCUUACUCGAUACCAUUCCUCGGUCACGCCAGAAGUUUCCUCAAAAAUCAAGAUAAAGCCCUAUCAUAUGGCCGAGAGUAUUUCAAAGGCUCAAGGGAGCCGUUCGCUUUCACUCUGGGACGGGAGAAGUUGUACAUUUUGACUUCUUAUCAGGACGUGGCCACCGCUUAUAGGAACACUACUGUUUUUGACUACGGCGAUGUCAUCAAAGAUCUCAUGGGAAGCUUUGGAGUCAGUCCACCAGGCAUCGAUAAGGUGUACCACCCUUAUCCCGAGUUCGAGGGUGAUAUUCAUCGAUACAACCCUCGUCCCAAAAGCCUGUUUCACCUAAAAAGCGACUUCUACCAUACGCAGCUUCAUCCGGGGGAGCAAUUCAAAGACAUCCAGGAUAAGUUCCUCAAACUUAUUGGCGAUGCAAUGAGUUUCGAAAACUUCCCCCAGGACGUCAUUCCAUCAUCCACUAUCAACAAUAUUUCACUCUACAAAUUGUGUCAACAGGUCUUUGUGAAAGCGGGCAUCAGAGCUUUUUUUGGAGAACGGAUUCUGCAGAUUAGCCCCUCUUUCGUAUGUGAUUUUAUUGACUUUGAUGAGAACAACUGGAUGAUUUUCUAUAAUUGGCCUGACGCCGCACUGGCGCGGAAACCCAAGUCCAAAGUUCUUGCAACUCUCGAAGCUUAUCUCAAGCUGCCAAAGGCAGAACGUCCGGGAACCGCCUGGCUCAUUGAGAUGAUGGAGGAGUCGCAGAGGCAACUAGGAAUGAACGAAGCAGACAUCGCAGUAGUAUUGAUGAUGCUCAUGUGGGUCACCAACACCAAUGCGUACAGGGUGACAUUCUGGAUGCUGGCGUAUGCAUUCCAUUCACGUAGCUUACUCUCGACCUUGUACGCGGAGACCGGGCCAUCCCUGAAAGCCGACGGUUCCAUAGACAUCACCUACCUGAUGAAUCAAUGCCCGCACCUCGACUCGCUCUGGUACGAAAUCCUGCGCCUAACCAACGCCUCCUCAGCGCUGCGCACCGUCACCGAGCCAACCAGAGUCGGCACGAAGCUGCUGAAGCCCGGCCACAAGGUGAUGAGCCCCUUCCGCCAGCUUCACUUCGACGAGAAGGUGUUCGGAGCAAACGUCGGUCAAUGCGAUCCGGACCGUUUCUUCAACCGGAAGGACCUGGCACGUCAUCCCAGCUACAAACCAUUUGGCGGAGGCGUAACCAAGUGUCCUGGCCGCUUUGUCGCACAUCAGGAAACGUAUAUCUUUAUCACGUUGCUGCUGCAUCGGCUGAAAGCUGAGUUGGCGAACGAAGGGCAGCAGCCGUUUCCUAGAUUCGAAUUGGAUACACCGACCACGGGGAUCAUUAGCCCGAAGACUGGGGAUGAUGUUGUCCUUUCUGUAUCAGCGAAGAUUGAAAGCUGCGAUUGCAGCAGUUAG